GCGAACGGAACGCAGUGUCCGUCGUAUAGAUCGCUGGCUGGCUGUCUGGCUGAAAAUAGUGAACGAAGUAUGAGUUUUCGAAUAUGUUCGAUUAAAAAGUGAAGUGAAUUAGUGAGUGACUGUCAUCCUGCAAGAUGGUUGAUGACGUGAAUAUUGCGGAAACCGCUGAAUGUAAAGCGUCUGCAGAAGCUCUAGACAGAGCCAGAUUAGCCCGAGAAAGACGCGAAGCGGAACAAAGGAAGCGGCUCGAUGAGCUGCGAGCACACGCAGCAGCCGCGCAAGCGCAGCGGGAGAAGCGGGACGAGGAGCGACGGAAGAGGCAGGCCGAUCAGAGAGCGAGGGAUGACGACAGGAGGGUGCAGGUAGAAGAACGCAAACGAGCGAUAUGGGAGGCUUCAGUCUCGCGACGCGAAGCGUUGCUGCAACGGGAGCGCGAGCGCACGGAGCGUCUAGAGCGCGCGCGUGCCGCGCGCUCGUCCCCCCGCUCCGCGUUCGCCUUCGGAUCGUCCACCCCCCGCCUCCUCGAGCCGCUCGACUCGGCGGGAUUCUUCUGGGCCGCGCGCAGUACCAACCCCAUUGAUCAGAUGAACUUUUUUGAGUCACUGGCGGCAUCAACAACAAAUGUGAUGUUCGCGUCUGCGCCGCUCACGAGGCGUGCGUCCGCGCUGCACCUCGACUCAGACAACGAUAACAAAGACGAACCCGACCGACAGCCACCCGUAGCCAUGUGGUCGAGCGUGGCGCGGCGCCGCACGGACCUCGUGCCCACGCUGCCCGCGCCGCGCGCCCCAGGUAGAGCCUACUCCAUGACGCGGCUCGACAAGCUGCCGUCGCGUCCGCUCUCCGGCUCGCCCUCCAUGCACCACCUCAACAGGACCCAGCCGCGGUCGGGCUCGUCGACGCCGACGCCGGCGCCGGGCUCGCGGCCCGGCAGCGCGCUGGCGGCGGCGCCCGUGCUGCGCGCGCGCCCGCAGCGCCGCCCGCGCCCCGCCUCCAUCGCCGGCACCGGCGUCAACACGCCCAGAGGCGGGGUGGACACGAACAGCCAGAGCGCGGCGACGACGCCGUCGGUGUCGCGCGACAGCACGGUGAUGGCGGCCGCCGUGCCGCGCCGCGCGCACACCACGCCGCGCCGCCCGCGACCCGCCUCGCUGCACGUCUCGCGGCCAGCGACAGCAGCCCCCAACGCCACGCCCGUUGCGCCUGGCGAGGGCAAGCCGCCCUUGCACAGAAAGCCAAAGCCCUCCAAAGACCAUCCCAACCGCAAGUCCACGUCCGCGUCGCCCGGCCGCGCGCUCUCGCCGUCGCCCCAGCACUCAAAGGAGCCUAGCCAGGACAAAGAUAUUGUCAAGCAAAAGCCGAGUGAUAAGAAUCACAUCAACGCGCACGAAGUGAGUCAAAAGCUGGAAGCGUUACAGAUACAAAAUGGAAAUGAAAAUGCCAGACAGCCACUAAACGAUAAGGUUAAUGAAAACAAAGAAAAUCAGAAUAUAAACAUAGUCAAUCCACCGGUUGCGGUAAAUAAAAUAGAAGAGGCCAAGCCUGAAAUAGUAGAAGUACAGAAGCCAGUCGAAGUGCAGAAAGUAGAAGAUAACAAACAAAUUGUAGAAGAAAAGAAUGAAAUUGUAGAACAAAAAGUAGAAACAGUCGAGGAGAAAGUAGAAAAAGUAGAGCAAAUAAUUGAAAAGCCCGAGGAAAAGAAAGAAAUUGUUGUAGAAAAGAAAGUAGAAGAAAAGAAAGAAAAGUCAGAAGAGAAGAAAGUUGAAGAAAAGAAAGAACCGUCCCAAGAAAAGGCUGAAGAAAACGAGAUGACAGCGUCCAUGAUCUCGCGACGCAUCACCACGGAGGAGGAAGCCAAGGCCGCGCUGGCCGAGCGCCGCCGCCGCGCCCGCGAGGAGCUGGAGCGGCAGGCCGAGCUCGAGCGGCAGAGACAGCAACGUGAAGCCGAGGAGGAGGCGGAACGGCAACGCCUCGAGGAGGAGCGGCAGCGGCGCGAAGAGGAGGAGGCCAAAGAGCUAGCGCGCCUGCAGCGGGCCGAGCAAGAGGAGAAACUUAGGAAAGCUAUUGAGGCGCAACAGCAACUAGAGCGCGAGGAAGCCGAGCGCAAAUCGCGCGAAGAGGCCGAGCGAGCGGCGCGCGUGGUGGAGGAGAGCGAGAAGCGGCGCCUCGCCGAGGAGGCCGAGCGGCUGCGGCGCGAGGAGCUCGAGCGCACCGAGCGCGAGCGCGUCGCGCGCCGCCAGCGCGUCGAGGCCAUCAUGGCGCGCACCCGCCUCAGGAAGGUACGCACACACAGUGUGUGUCAACACGAACAGGCCGAGGAGGCCGAGCGGCUGCGGCGCGAGGAGCUCGAGCGCACCGAGCGCGAGCGCGUCGCGCGCCGCCAGCGCGUCGAGGCCAUCAUGGCGCGCACCCGCCUCAGGAAGCAGGCCGAGGAGGCCGAGCGGCUGCGGCGCGAGGAGCUCGAGCGCACCGAGCGCGAGCGCGUCGCGCGCCGCCAGCGCGUCGAGGCCAUCAUGGCGCGCACCCGCCUCAGGAAGCAGGCCGAGGAGGCCGAGCGGCUGCGGCGCGAGGAGCUCGAGCGCACCGAGCGCGAGCGCGUCGCGCGCCGCCAGCGCGUCGAGGCCAUCAUGGCGCGCACCCGCCUCAGGAAGCAGGCCGAGGAGGCCGAGCGGCUGCGGCGCGAGGAGCUCGAGCGCACCGAGCGCGAGCGCGUCGCGCGCCGCCAGCGCGUCGAGGCCAUCAUGGCGCGCACCCGCCUCAGGAAGGCCGAGGAGGCCGAGCGGCUGCGGCGCGAGGAGCUCGAGCGCACCGAGCGCGAGCGCGUCGCGCGCCGCCAGCGCGUCGAGGCCAUCAUGGCGCGCACCCGCCUCAGGAAGGCCGAAGAAGAUAAGAAUCAACAAGAAGAGAAGGAGCAACAGCAGGGCGGCGCCGACAACGGCAACGCCGACCACAGCGCGCCCGAGCCGCAGCAGCAGGCUUCAGAGCCCACGGCCGCGGCCGCGGCGGAGACGGAGGAGGCGCCGACGCCGGCGCCGGUCACCAACAACGGCAACGUCACGGCCGACCUGCUGGGACUGUCCGACCCACACCCGAUCGAAGACAAAUCGCAAGAGCAGCCGACGGCCAAGAACCCAUCAAACGACAACGCGUUGGCGGCGCCCACCAACAACGGCAACGCCAACAGCAUGGCGCACAUCUCCGCCUCCUUCCUGCAGGGCGAGCGCGGCGCCGAGCUCGCCCAGAAGCAAGCGCCCGACGCCUUCGACGACGACUUCUCCACGCACAACGGCCACGGCGCCGCCAGGCCCCACCCGCUCACACUGCAGAACGCCAUCUAGGGCCACGGCCCGACCGACCGCCUGAUGACGUCCACGAACCACUUAUCGCGGAUUAAUUUUAGCUGAUCGACAUGAUAUCUAUCCGUACGCGAUUAUCGAGAGAUGUCUCAAUGUAAAAGGUGACGUAUUGAACGAACAGAAUCAAUGUUGCCGGCUCCCCUAACUAAUAAAGCGAUCUGUUGUAAAGUUAAAAUUGCACGCGCAAACGUGGGUUUUAUUGUUAGUAAUCGGUGAAAACUCGCAUUUCUUUUCCGUUCAAUAUGUCACCCGGUAUACAUAUUGGCUGUCUGAUAGAUUGAUAAGGCGAAGCGUAAACUGCUUUCUAGGUUUGUAUGUAAAAUUGGUACGUCUAUCGUCGUCAUUGAAAUUGACUAAUGCGAUGAUUCAUUGCUAGAAAUGACUAAAAUAAUAUGUAAUAUAAAUAAUAUGAGUAAUUUUGGUACGUAGUGCCGCACGUAAAAAAUCAUUCGCGAGUAGGUACUCAUCUACUAUUUAUAGUUGCUCGCUUGAACUACGGUGCGCAUGCUGCGCACUGCAAUGCGCAAUUACAAUGUAUAAUGACAACAUCUGAAUUGUAUUCGCCUUUUGAAAGAGAUAAGAAACUGGUGUAACUGUAGACACUUGUGUUUUUAUAUUGAGGUUUUUUAAUUUUCUAGUUAAUCGUAUAUGUUGAGAGUGUGAGAACGUAAUAUGAAAGGUGCCUUGAAAUGUCUGUUUCAAAUUUAGUUACUAUUUCGGUGCUACAAUUUUUUUAGUAUCAGUUUGCAAUUACAUACAUUAACCAAGUUAUGAAAUUAAAAAAAUAUAGAUAUAAUUGCAGUAUAAACUAGACAUAAUUAAGAAAUGAAUUUGGGAAUAAGUAUUGCAAUUUUAGCAGCCAAUAUGUAUGCCUUGAGAACGGGUUGUGGGGUAUCUGCUUCUCUAUUAGAUACAAACAAAAACAUGUGACGUCUAGUAAGCUAUGCGAUUGACCAAACUGAGUCAGUGCACACAACAUUCUGGCUGGAUAUAAGAAUCGCGGUUGUGGAAAAUGUGUAGUUUGGCUAGUUAUUCGCAUCAUUAGGAAGAGGCAUCAAAUUUGCAAAAAAAAAGGUCUGGAAUAUUGUCCACAUUGCUUUAAAGUUUCUCGCCUUUUCUAGUGAUUCCAAUGGCUGUCCGCAAUAUAAUAAUAAUAUGUUAUAUCCAAUGGUAUAAAUAGCUAUUCGUAUAUGUCGUAUUACAUCUGUGGGCUUGAUGCGUCGUGAACCACGUUAAACGAAUGGUUAAAUUUAAAUAUCGAAUAUUUAAAUUUGAGAAGCAGACUGUUAGUAUGAAUAUAUAAAAUAUUAAUGCAUUUAUAUUGCAAAUCCUUGAUUCUACUAAGAUGUUUCCAAGCUUAUCAUAUUGCUAACUUUAAGCAAAGAUAAUAAUAAAUAACAAAUAAAAUAUAAUAAUUAAUCACUGCUUAACAUUUCGAGUUAAUGGGAAGUAAAACAUAUUUUCGUACAUUAAUCAUUGAGCAUUCAUUUAGCGUAGUCGAGACAGAAAACGAGUAUGUAUCAUUAGGAUCAGGGACUAACGGAAUUAAUGUCAUUAAUUUCUAUAAAUUAUCAUUAAUUGUUCACGUUUGAUAGUAUCUUUGAUAGGUUGUGUAUAAAAUGCUGUUUUUGCAGUGCGUAUUACAUUUUGUGUAAAUUAUAAUUAGUUUUUAUUUAUUGUGAUGUUUUAUUAAUGACCCGGUUGUAGGAAAUAUAUACUUAUAAGGAAAUCAAUUUAUCACUUCGCUUCUCUUUAAAGCCGGCGGGUGCGUUUAUUGCGAGUCGCUUGUAUGGGAGCGGGGUGAAUGUAAUUCUUAGUUUCGUCCGCAUUUUGUGGCAAUAAUGCCUUGUUCGGAUUCGAAUUGGCAUGCACGAAUUAAUUUGACCCGAGACAUUUUCAAAAACAUUUUAUUAUUCUGUUUAGGCCUCGGUCUCAUGCAGCCGACUUUCACGCUCGUUUUAAAUACGACAUCUUUAUAUAUAUGUGCAUAUCGUUGCUGCUUUGUGUACGCAUUUAGAAAUCAUUGGCUCAUCCCAAAUACUUGCUUUAAAUAAUCCCAGUGUAAAAAUCAAGCAAAAUAAAAACUUUUGUGAUAAAAGAAAGGCCUGUCUGAGAAAUCAUUUUAAUAAAAUUAUCAACGAACAAUUUGAGACCGAGUACUUGAUUAUCUAUCCAUUAUAUGUUGGUACUCCGUAUAAAUACAUAUACAUACAUCUAAUCGUGGAAUAAAAAAUAGGUCAGAUUAUUAUAUUGUAAAGCCAAUAUUUUAUUGAACGCUUCUCCACUAAUCAAGUAAUCAACACACAAUCAUUAAUAUUAUAAAUAAAAACACCGAGAGGGUGUUCAAAACAGGUUUUACUACACAUGCUACAUUAUGUUAUUUUAAUAGCUAGCUACAUAGUGUGUUUGUUACCAGACGAUCACACGAGGCGCGAUUGGCACAUACUUGUGUCAUUGUAUGUUAUCCCUUUGGUAGUUGAAGGUUCAAGUUAAACAACUAUAACUUAUGUAACGGAUUUAAGUUAAAAGAGGUAAAUUUAUACAUUAAUAAUUUGAUUCUUGCUAUCAAGUACCAAAUGGGUCUCUAGACCACCCAUAAUAACAAUUAACAAAUAGCCGUAUAAUAAUAAUUAGGUUAUUAAACGAUGCAUAAAGAAAUUUUGUAAAAUAAGUAGUUAGCGUUCAAAUAAAUACUAUACUUACCUAUUUUCUCGUGCUUAUUCUAUUUAUAUUUAUUCUGUUAAGUUAAGAUUUCUUAAAAUCACACAAUUUUCAAUAUUGUUUCUGUAUAGCGUUUUUAUUUUUACCGUUCUAUGCUUGGAUACAAUAAAUUUAACUUUAGGCAAAUGUAACUGUAUUUAACCUAAUAAUUAUAAUAGUAACAAAUUAACUAAUAUCAGGAACAAAUGUUCCAAAACUUGUAUAUUCCAUUCAUUUCAUCAAAUUUAAUUAAUUCAUUAUUCUGUUAUAGUUUAAAUUGUUUAAUUAUUUUCAACCAUCAUCGUUUCUAUGUACAGUCUCGUCUGAAAAUAUCAUAUCAAUAAGGUCGUGUAUACAUAUGUAUUUUUGGCACUUUGUCCGUAUCGUUAUUUUCAGACGUGACUGUAUUUUGAUACUAUAAAGCUGUUUUUAUACAUAGCUAUUGCACUAAACAGUUUUUGGUUUAUAAAUCCAUAUUCUUAACCUUUGGACCGCCUUUAGUCCAAGCUAAAGACUUACUCGAUCACAUAAAGGUUACUUUCACUGCGUACGUGCGCCACACGAGUAAUAAACACAUGGGUCUAUAGGCGCUUUUUAAGGAGUUUAGGCAUUCAAAGGUUAAGUAUUGUUAUUCUAUCCUUUUGUGUAACUUGGGAAGGCAUAUUGAAAAACUAUUCAUUAAUAUACCGGGUGUGGCCUGUAACACGAGCAAAGAAUUAAAACAUAGAUUGUACUCCUCAAACGGUGACACUUUUGUUCAACAACUUUUAAAAAUUAUGAACUAUUUAGACUCCCUAUUUUUCAUACAAAAUAAAUAUUAUCUUCAAUGAACGCCAUCGCCACGCCAUAUCAUUGUGAUUGACGUUGCUUGUCACCUUUGUCACGCCUUAAACAUAACAAAAUUCGCAAUACAUUGCGUCUUAGAAUAAACUUUAAAGUGUAUUAAAAAUCAAACCACAAGUUAUUUUUAAAAGUCGCUGAACAAAAUGUUGGUCAGUAUGAGGAGUACAGCCUACAGUUUAAUUUUUUGCUCAUGUUACAGGCCACACCCGCUAUAGUACAUGAAGUAAAGAAGAAAAAAAGGUUAGAAUUCAUCAUUUUUGUAACUCGGUUGUAAGUAUUGUUUAUGGCUAUUAUAUGGUCAUUUUAGCCUUUAUUAUAUCCGAACAAUUGUGCCUGUUAUCAAAUGUAUAGUUUGUAUCUAUUUUUCUGGGAUCAUCCUACAAUCAUGUGUUUGAUGUUUAUAACACUCCUUUUACUUUAAUAUUAUCUAUGCUGAUGCCCUGUGUUUCAGGAAAUGUUUUCAUAAAAACAAAAUCAUUUUGAUAAGUGGGUAGAGUUAUAUCAAGACAAGUCUGCAACGAUUAUGAUAGCACACGCAGUGCGAGUGUUAUUUUAAACGUCAAACUUCUAUGAAAUUAUGACGUAUAAAUAACACUUGCACUGUGUGUGCUAUCAAAAUCGUUGCAGACUUAUCUUGGUCUAACUCUAGUCCUAUAAAGGAUCAAAAUAUACGACAAUGUUAAACCGUAACGCAACGAGUCGUAAUGCCGUCUAAGAUUUUGGGAUAGGGAUUAUAUCACUUUUUUCUUUUAAAACGCGAUUAAGUAUAUAAGAUGACGGCCUGAAGAAAGGUAUCUUUUUGUUCAUUUUUAUAUGGUUAUUUUCAUUAUCACUCAUCAUUAUACCUACCUGUAAUGUAUUUAUAUGUAUAUCUCUCGAGACAUGGCUUCUAUGUACGAUCUAUUCUAUAUUAUGUUAGCAAUCGAUGGAUUUAUAAGGAGAAAGUUUUAAUAAAAAAUAUUAUGAAAUUUA